AUGUUCCUAACUAUGAGCUGUAGUCGCAAAGCCAACAGGCGUCAAGCCCAGAAGAGCAGAGGCCGCGACAAGAAGAAAAGCACCACUCGGCGUUCCACCCCAAGAGGCAACGGGGCGGGGUUAGCUAACCUCCCGCCCGAAAUCCUGCUCAAAAUCGUGAGCCACCUGGGCCCGGCAGACCUGGCCUCACUUGCCCUUGCUUCCAAGGGAGCGUAUCGGUUCUUCGCAAACGGCGACUUGAGAGCAAUGGACUUUCCACAGACGUCUGAUAUGUUCUUCUGUCGUCCCUGCCAUGAACCGUUCCCAAUGGAAUACCACCGGUUUAAGUUUCUUCAGGGUUUGCAACGCGACUCACCCACAGACAUCGCCUGCAUUUGGUGUCUCGAAAUGCAUCCGAAGAAACAAAACUGCUCUGUUGGGUGUGCUCCUAGCUUUACCUGCGAGAGGCGGAUCGACACUGACGAAAUUACCUGCGAAUGGCGAAUCAUACGUAACGGCAUGAUUACCGGAGUCUACAUAUCCAACUUCAAGAACAUCGACGGAGAGUCCCAGGAAUUCGUCGACCGUGAAUGCCCUGGUCGAAUUUCUGGACUAUCGGACGGGCGAUACGUCUGCUCGAUUGUUCCACAUGAGAAGGAGACAGGAUCCUAUGAUGUGUCCAGAACAGCAGGAGAGAAAUGCUUUACCAUCCGUGUCGAUUAUGACAAAGUCUUCGACCGCGAGGCUUUCUUCGGCCCUCAACUCCAGAACUCCUUGAUCAAAGUGUGCGAUCACUUGAAAUUCCCCGAGAACUCACAGCUUUGGGACAUGGUCUACUGCAAAGUCAUGAAUCACCCGCAAAGGCUGUCUUGCCACAAGUGCGCCAGAGCUCCCCGCAGUUGCGACAAGUGCAAUGCCAUUUUCGAUUUCAACGUCCAGCCACUAGAAACGUUUGGAGAUAUGUCUGACCGCUUCGUGAUGCUCCGGGCGCGAAUUCUCCACCGAGUCAACGAGAAGCUGCGGAAUCGCGCGAAAAUUCGAGCCAUCGAGUCGUCCAUGCCCGACGAAGACAUUGGCCCCUGCGCGAUGAAUUCCACAUGGGGCACGGCGCAGUUCAAAUUGGAUAUAAGAUCGGAUUUCGGAUGGAAGCGAGGAGACUUGUACAGCGACGAAGUGCCAAAGUUAUACGUCCCUCCUCAGGACGAAAGCAAAGGAAAGUGUGAUUUAUGUUUCGACUGA